AUGGCCGAACUUGCAAUUACUCCAGAGCCCAUUAGGAAGCGUGCCAGAAUUGGUAACAAGUGUGACGCGCGGACCGUGGAUCCAACAUCGUUUCCGAUCACAGGGAUCGCAUCCUUACCAGUGGAAAUCAUCUUCGAGAUAUUCUCUUAUCUACCAUACACAGACCUCUACGCCGUCAGUCGCGUGUCCCUGCAUUUCAACCGACUUGCUUACGACCCGUUUCUAUGGCGAACUUACGAGGUGACGAACACCAAACAGUCCACAUCAGAGGUAAUCAAGGAGCUGAAGAGGAUGCCGCUGCUGAAGAAGUUGAGCAUAAGUGUGAGGGCGGACUGCGACGAUAUCCUGCGGCAAAUCUCGCUGUCAAACAAAAAGCUGGAGGAACUACACGUCUCUAAUUGCACAGGUUCCACGUCGAAAUUGUACCUACGUUCGAUCUUCCUGAUCCGCAUACUGGAGAGGUGCCGUAAUUUGCACACGAUCAAUAUACUAGGGAGCAGAUUCCGCGGCCAGAAGUUCUAUCGACUGCUCGGUGACAUGGGACCUCGGCUCAGGUCUAUCUACGCGCCUGCAACGAAAUCGCAGUUUUGCACGUUUAUCAAGUACGCCAGGCAGAUCAGCGAAACUGAUCGCGAGACCAUCUGCUCGAUGUACAUCGGCGCGAAAAGUUGGGCGCCCUUGUACUACUUCGUCACGAAACGAGCGGAUCGCGUUUGUACGGCCCUGAUCAGCUACCUGCACAACGACAUCCUGCUGAUCGACGCGAACCGAUUGAUCCAUAAACUCUCCAUCACCGAUAGAAGGAACACCUGA